AUGUCUGAACGACUGAAAACUUCGGAUAUCUCCAAUGAGGAUGUAAUUGAAGAUUUAACAAAGAAUAUAGAGUUUUCAUUACGUUCAGACGCCCCAGAAGAUAAUCUAAAUGGUUCAGAGACUGCGGAUGACUCCGAAAACGCCACAGGCGAUAGAAAAGAAAGGCAUCCAGAUUUUGAAGACAUUCCAUUAAAUGCACCUGAAACUUCUGACCCCCAUGAAGAUGACAAAGAAGACAGUGACUCAGAUUCUAUAGAUGAGGUAUCACUGAAAGAUGCCGAAAUGGACUUGACAGAUGAUCAGAAAGAAAAGAGGAAAGGCGUAGCUGAGGAAUUGAAAGUGGUCGGUAAUGACGCCUUCAAACUUGGAGAAUAUGAGUGUAGUAUAGAGAAAUACACGGAAGGCUUAAAAAUCUGUCCGCUCCAGUUCCCCAGACAGCGUGCAAUAUUAUACUGCAACAGAAGCGCUGCUAAAAUUAAGCAAGAACGAUACAAACAAGCAAUAAAAGAUUGUACUAAAGCUAUUGAGUUGGAUGAACAUUAUUUGAAAGCUUAUGUCAGGAGGGCAUGUGCCUAUGAACUAACAGAUAAAUUAGAUGAAAGCCUAGCGGACUAUAAGAAGGUACUAGAACUGGAUCCGAAACAUAAGGAAGCUUUAGAAGCCAGUGUGAGACUACCUCCCAAGAUUGAGGAAAGAAAUGAAAAGUUGAAAACAGAGGUUAUGGGCAAAUUGAAAGACUUAGGUAAUAUGAUCUUACGGCCAUUUGGACUGUCGACAGAGAACUUUAAACUGGAACAGGAUCCUGAGUCGAAAGGAUACAAAAUUAACUUUAAGCAAUAA